UGAGAGGCAUCCUUGGAUAAAACGUCGGGCAGUGUCGUUUCACCACUCGCAACGAAUGGUUUCAUUUGUCAUUUCAUUGGAUUAUCAUCUGCAUAACGAGACCUUAAAGUGCGUCAUUAAUUGAUCUGACGUUUAAUGAAUUUUGUGAACAAUUGUGAUGGGAUAAUUGUGCUUUGUGAGACUGGGAUAAGUCAUAAUAAAAACGAGUGAUUGAGAUGAUUGAAGAUUGGGAGAAACACGUGACAAGUGCUGAGUGAAACUAUAACUUUAAUCAUCGGUUGGAAUUAGUGUUUUGGAACUGAUAUCCAAUAGCUCCCUCCCCACAUCCAAACCCGGAGAACGAGACAGGGAGCUAAUAACGAGAAAUCACUGUCAAUCUGGUUUACACUCAUGCCGGUGUUGAGUUGAUCACUAGUGGAGUGUAGAGGAACCAGACAGGAUGGCGACGAAUAUUCCAGCAAUCUUUCUGAUCACUGUACUACUCGGGGUUGAGGCUACGUCACGGGUUGUUCGUUUGGAUACAUUCAACGAAGAUGUAAUACUCCAGGAAGGAGAGAAGUUAAUUGUACGCUGUCCAGCGACUUAUGAGGAUGAGGAGGUGACGUGGUUCAAAGAGGAAACACAAUUUCGGGGGGUUUCCUCGAGAAUUCGAGUGCUCAAACAGUCGUUGAGAUUUAAAUAUGUAGAAAUGAUGGACGAGGGAAAUUACGGAUGUAGGUUGGCGACUAGUAACUCGUUAGAGUGGAGAAACGUCACAAUUAGAGUUGAGGGUGCGCAGAAUGAUGGAUAUCAAAGUGAGAGUGCGGGGCUUGGCAGCGUCAUGGGAGCUCUCAGACCUGAAGAGGAAACCAAUGAGCUUGAUAUUGGUGCCAAAA